AUGUCUAUCUCUAAUUUCGGGUCACGCCUCUUGCUCUCUUCAAAAUCAUUUAGCGUUUUAUCAUCCCGAUCUUACUCUUUCCCAGUUGUUUAUUUACUCUCUGAAUUUUUUAACCCUCAUCAAUUGCAUAUGAUUUGGGUUGCAGAAGGACUCCGGGUGUGUCACGACUAUGGUCACUUUGGUUCCUAUGCUGCUGCAAUCGUUGCAUCUACCUUAACUUUACGAACCAUUUGUGCUGGUCCACUCUACACUUUCACAGAAAAAAAUCAAACUCUCGUCACCAAAGCCUAUUGUGAAAGCGCGGCUGAAGCUGCGAAUUCUAGAUUUUCCAUUCCUCAAAAAGAUGGCAAAAUUAAUCCUAGACUUCAACAGGCAAUGAUACGGAAGUCAUUUACGGAGAAAUGUCAAAAAUAUGGUUGCCACCCCUUUAAAUCUUGUAUUUUCGCAAUGUUCCAAUUGCCUAUUUGGAUGACUAUAACUUUUGGCUUAAGAAAUGCGUGCGGUAUACAGGUUACUCCUUUCGUAUAUUGGCCCCCAACUAUUCCUGAAUUUGUUACAGAAGGCUUGGUAUCACCAACGACAUCUAUAGCCCUAAUUGCGGCCACUACAUUUGUGACGGCUUGCAAUGUUGAAAUCGGUCAUCUACGCCGUAUUUAUGGUCAGAGCAUGUCAAUUGCUAUUAAGGAAGACCCUAAAGCUUUGGAACGCGGUAGUGUCAACGCCUCUGUCCCCUCCCAUCUCCCUUGGCAGCUCAAAUUCGCCCAUGGAGCUGGAAUUUUUGGAACUUGUGUGACACUAGUUGUUUCUUUCUUUGCACCUUCUGCUCUAUUAAUCUACUGGUGUACCUCAGGAUCUCAUCAACUUAUUCUUCAUCUUCUACAUCUCAAUAACCGAGUUCGACUAUUUCUAGGCAUUCCAACUUCCCCAAUAGAUGCAAAACAUCCAUGUCAAGCUCUCUGGUCCAUCGCUAAGAGUCACUAUCGCAUUCUCCGUUGGAUGACUACUACCAGUAGGUAA